AUGGUCAAAGACACAACCUAUUAUGACAUCCUAGGGGUGUCGCCUACCGCAACUGACGUAGAGCUUAAGAAAGCUUACCGGAAGCAAGCGAUAAAGCUCCAUCCCGACAAAAAUGCCAAUGAUCCCAAUGCGGCUGCCAAGUUUCAAGAACUUGGAGAAGCUUAUGGUAUUCUUCAGAAUGCCGAUCUUCGAGCCACCUACGACGAGGUUGGAAUUGAGGGUCUUAAGAACAAUCCAGAGGCUGGAGAGGCGGCGGAUAUUGAUCCGUCGGAGUUUUUCGGCAUGGUAUUUGGAGGCGAUAGUUUUAAAGAUUGGAUUGGGGAAUUGUCGAUGUUGAACGAAAUGGCAAAAACAGCCGAGGUUUUGGGAGACGAGGAAGACAAGGAAGGAGGAAAGCCUGAAAGUGUGCAAGGGGCAGAUUCAAGUGCUUCAGCUACAGGAGCAGGCUCAUCCACUGCUGCGUCUGGAACUGGAACUGAUGUGGUACACCAUAACGGCGAACAACUGGAUGUUUCCCACACAUCUGACAGCCAUAUGCUUAGCAGUGAAGAAAUUGAACGCAGAAAGAAGAAAAAGAUUUCGAAACAACAACGAGAGGAGAUAUUACGUCUUCAUGAUGAAGCGAAACAAGCGAAAAGGUUGCGGGUUGAAGAGCUUUCAAAGGUACUUAUUGCUCGCAUUGAAAAGUACAAUUCUGCAAAGGCCAACCCUGAUGGCUUGGCGUCGUUCACAGCAAAGCUUAACCAAGAACUUGAAGACUUGAAGAUUGAAAGUUUCGGUCUCGAACUCCUUCACUUGAUUGGAAAAAUAUACACCAACCAAGCCAAUGCGGCCAUACGAUCAAGCAAGACGUUCGGGGUCUCCAAAAUCUACUCCAGUGUCAAGCAAAAGACCGACACGGUCAAGAAUGGCUACUCCAUUGUCAAGUCAGCAUUGGAUGCCCAGUCUUCUAUGGAAGCAAUGGUGAAAGAACAGGAAGAGAUGGCUGAGAGAAGAGACCCUAAUGUUGAAUUGACCGACUCCGAAAAGUCGCAACAAGUAGAAAUGGAGAAAUUAAUGAUGGGUAAAUUUUUAGCCACUGCGUGGGCUUCUACCAAAUUCGAAGUUACCGGUGUUCUCAAUAAGGUAUGUGAAAAAGUGCUACAAGACAAGCUGCUUUCCAAAAAAGAACGUCUUUCUCGAGCGGAUGCGCUUCUUUAUCUUGGUAAGCACUUGUUGAAGGUGGAACGGUCAGCAGAUGAAGCAGAGGAAGCCAGAAUCUUUGAAGACAUCAUGGCUGAAGCAUCGGCAAAAAAAUCGAAAAAGAAAAAGACAAAGGUGCGGGAAGAGGACAUUGCUGCUUACAUGGAGAAGGUCGAGGUCAACGAGUGA